AUGCCUGAUCUCCCCCAAUACACCACUUCCUACAACGACUUCAGAUCGGACACCUUCACGAUCCCCACGCCCGACAUGUUCGCAGCCGGAGCCAACGCGUCCGUGGGUGAUGUGAUUUUCCAGGAGGAUGCCUGUACCUGCCUAUUGGAACAGCGCGUUUCCCAGGAGCUCCUCGGAGGAAAACUUUAUGGCGGCUCCGAGGCGCAGGGUUUAUUCUGUAUGUCCACCACCAUGUCCAACCAAAUCGCCAUCCGAGCUCACUUGAACUUUGCCCCUCCCUUUAGUAUUCUGUGUGACAAAAGGGCGCAUGUUUACGUGGACGAGUGCGCCGGCAUCGCAGUCCUAUCUCAAGCGCUGGUCGUGCCAGUCGCUGCUUCCAACGACAGAUUCUUGACCCUUGAAGACAUUCAGGAAGCCUACAUCCCCGAUGAUGGCGACAUCCAUCUCGCCCCGACAAGACUCAUCUGCCUUGAAAACACCCUGCAUGGGAUGUGCUUCCCCUACGAAGAGCUCAAACGCAUCAGCGACUGGUGCCAUGAGGAGGGCAUAAAGCUACAUCUGGACGGUGCGCGAUUCUGGAAUGCGGCGUGCAGUUCUGGAGAGGACCCCGUCGGCUACAUGCGCAAAGUCGGCCCCCUGUUCGACUCCUUGUCCCUCUGUUUCUCGAAAUCUCUAGGCGCGCCGAUUGGCUCCAUGCUUGUUGGAGGACCAGAAUUUAGGGCCAGGGCACGCCACUUGCUCAAGCAGCAGGGUGGCGGAAUUCGGCAAGCGGGGUUCAUAACCAAGAUUGCAGCUUACUGUUUGGAUCGCAACUUUCCACAAGCCGUUGCAGAGGUCUCAUCCAAAACUCUGGAGUUUUGGGAGGACCUUUACACCACUCUGAAAGACAAGUACGCCAUGGAGUUGAGGCUUGCUCACCCUGUCGAAACAAACUUCAUAUUUAUUGAUUUGGCCAGUUCCGGCAUAAAUAUGAGCAAGUUUCUGGAGAUUGGUGAGCGUAACAACGUUAGGUUAUUUGAUGGGAGAUUGGCUUUCCACUACCAGAAUAUCAAGCCCGAAGGUCUUGCCUUGCUUAAGAAGACAUUUACAGACGUUGCAGAAUACUAUCAGAAAAAUGAUUAUAAACCCGAGGGACGUUCAACCAGAAUAUACUAA